AAAGAUCCUCCAAAUCAUCCGGAAGAUCUUUUAAAUCAUCCGGUAGACUCUUCAAACUAUCCGGAAGACCAUUCGAAUCAUCCGGAAAAUCCUUCAAAUCAUCCGGAAGAUCUUUCAAAUCAUCAGUGUUAUGAUUUAUGUUACAGUGUUUGGUCAAAUUUUUCUGAGGUUGUUCUUCAUUUGGAAGCUGUAUUAAUUCCCGAAGACAAUCAUACAUAA